GAGAGAAGCUGCGACAGCUCUUGCUGGAGCAUGGCACCUUUCAGCAAGUCGAGGGCCAUCUGGAGAGGUGGCAUGAGCAGCAGAAGCAGAAAGCUGCCCUUGGUGGACCGGUCACCAAAGAAUGGCUGAUGGAGACGCAGAAAUGGACAAAGAACAUGUGUGAUAAUGCGUGGGAUUGGGCACGCGCCCGUGGCCUGCUCGUGAAGAAUCCGAUUCAUGGGGCCGAGGAAGCCGACAUCCCUUACAAGACCUUUUGGAAAAAGACGGACACCACCGGAAACCGUGUGUCAUACAAGAGUGGUUUCACCAUGAAAGUGUCUUUUCUGCCAGCCAUGGACUGUUUGAAUACAUCGGUAUCUCUCUCUGUUUUGGCCAUGUUGUGUCAGUGUGUACCUGUCAGCCUUCAUUUAUAA